UAGUUUGGGUGGUCCCAAAUACCAGUAUGCUCACCCAAAACCCAAUUCCAAAAGGAUAAGAAAACCCUUUCUCACUCUUCUUCCUCUCUCUCUCUGUGUCUGAAGUGUGCAAUUGAGCAACUCAUGCCAAUGCGUUUGAGUGCAUAGCCAGAGGCAAAGAGAGAUGUCAAUCCUUUCAGCUUCAUCUUCUUCUUCCCUUCUUCCCAAUGUCUCAUUCUCCUCCUCAAAAUGCUGCUCUUCAUUUCUCACCCCACCAACCCAGACCAACAGCAACCCAUUUCUGCCCAUUGUGAAAUCCAAGAAGAAGAAACCAGUGGGCGUGACCAUGAGCGUGGAGGCAGGCAUAGGAGUUAUGGCCACGAAGCUCGGCAUGAUGAGCUUCUUCGAACCCAACGGCAAAGUUGUCCCAGUCACAGUGGUGGGUUUCAAAGAAGGCAACAUAGUGACCCAGGUCAAAACCGAGGCCACCGACGGAUACGAUGCCGUUCAGGUGGGCUACCGCCGAGUCAGGGACCGGAAACUGACGAAACCCGAAAUGGGUCAUCUCCAGAAGGCCGGUUCAAUCCCCCUGCGCCAUCUCCAGGAGUUUCGGCUCCAGAGCGUUGAUGGGUUCGAGCCAAACCAGAAGCUUUCGUUCGACGAGCUCUUCAACGAAGGAGACAUUGUUGAUGUCUCUGGAACCACAAUCGGGAAAGGGUUUCAGGGUGGGAUUAAGAGGCACAAUUUCAAGAGAGGGCAAAUGACUCAUGGGUCCAAAAGUCACAGAGCUCUUGGGUCAAUUGGGGCCGGAACGACGCCAGGGCGGGUUUACAAGGGGAAGAAGAUGCCUGGAAGAAUGGGAGGGACCAAGACCAAGAUCAGGAAGCUCAAGAUUGUGAAGAUUGAUAAGGACCUCAAUGUUGUUAUGAUCAAAGGUGCUCUUCCUGGUAAGCCUGGCAAUCUUCUUCGCAUAGCUCCAGCUAAGAUUGUGGGCAAGAACAUUCCUAAGAGUUAAUUCUAUUUUGGGUUUUUUUCUUUCUUUCUUAUUUUUUGAAUUUUUCUUUAGUUUAUUUUGUUUUGUGAAUUUUGUAUUGUCAUUGACUCUCUCAUAUGAAUGUCUUACUUCUCCUUUAAUUAGUGCUUUGUGAAUGUUUGCUUGGUCUGAUAUUUGGAAGCACUUCACUUGAUUGAGGGAGCAAGAAUCACUUUUUAUGUCAUCUUGAAUUCAA